AUGUUGCUCUAUUCAAUAUUCACUAUUUUGGUCUCAUGUGUGCAAUUUUUGCUGGUAUUUUUGAUUUUCAAAAAUCGAUCAGUUUUGAUGACGAAUAUGCGAAUUUAUUUGUUGAAUAUUUCAGUUGCACAAAUGAUAACUGCUUUGGCUGGAUUUUUAACACAGUGCAGGUGGGUUUUUAAAUAUUUGGAAUUGAAGCCUCGACAUUCAUAAAGUAUCUGGAACAUUUUUUACAACUACAACUUUUUCUGCUUUUGGGCGUGUGAUCCCAACUUGUCAAAAUUUGCUUCAGAGUUCCGAAAAGUGGCGAAAAAAUGUCUAGUCAUUGACUAUAAAAAUAACAAAUUACUAAUUUGUCAUGAAAUUGUUCUGCGUCACCUUCAAGCAUUCUCAAAUUUCAAAAAGUUCAUAGAUCAAAAUCUGACGUUUUUAAUCCGAUUCAUUAUUUUUUUCUCCCCAGAAUGAUCCCAAAUCAGAACACAGUUGGGUUCAUCUGCUCAGGUGUGUGCACACAUUUUGACACAUCAUCGAUUUGUUUUGGUCUACAUCUUCUGAAGGAUGUAAGUUGCUCUUUUCUUUCUAAUUGCAGAUAUCAAAUAACAUUUCAGGCAUCUUCGACGUCUACACUUUUCGCAAUUACUCAUGUAUUUUAUUUUCGAUACAAAGUGUUAUCCCAUCAGAAAAUAACCAAAUUUCAACAAAUUCGAAAUUUUAUUUUGGUGCAUUCGCCAGCUAUUUUCUGUGCAAUUUGUCAAUUCACAAAUCCAUCUGAUAGAUCAAUGAUUCUUAAGGAAACCUUGAAAAAUCACCAAAAACGAUCGAUUGAACAAAGUGCAAUUUUUGGAUUUUCCUCGUUGCAUUCCCCAUUUGUUAGAUUUUCAACAUUUUUGUUCACUUUUAUGUUGAUCCUAAAUCCAAUAAUCGCAUUUAUUUAUCGACGAAAAAUUCGAGUUCUUCUAAAUGAUUAUGGCGAAUAUAAUAUUGCUAGAAUUCGAAAUGCAAAAAGUUUGAUAAGCGGUUUAACGUGGCAAACAAUCACACCAUGCAUUUGUUUCAUUCCAUUGCUCUCCCAAUUUUUCCUCGCCCAGUAUUUUGGAGUGAGAAAUUUGGCUUUGGAGCAUUUGAGCACAUUCUUUGUGAUUGUUCCGACAUUGAUUGAUCCGAUUUUAUCAUUCUAUUUUAUAAUACCAUUUAGAAGGUUAGUUUCAACAUAAGUUUUCACUGAAAGUAUUUUUUCAGAGCAAUCAAAGAUGUUUUCAAGGAAAAAGAAAUGAUACGUCAAGAUGGUACAACAAAUAGCUUGUGA